GAUUGAUGUUAUUAAGUGACAACACAGGUGUUACAUUAUUAACAGGUGACUAUCUUAGCAGUUGGUUUUUGUUUUGGCUAUCAUUCUCUGUUGUGAGUGUGUGUAUAUUAUCAUCUCGUCUACCGUCUGCACAAUGGAAGGGCCAUGAGGAAAUACUACCGACUUAACAAUUCCACUGGUCUGUCUAAGGAACAGCUAUUGCUUCACACGAUCUCAGAGUUCAGUGACCUUACCACACCAAACCGUCCAGCGGUGUCGACAGUACCCCACGAAUCUACCAUAUUUCUCGCCAUUCUACUCGCUAUUACUGCAUGCAUGAUGGUUAUUUUGGGAUUUCUGACAUUUCGUGUCUUCCAGCGGUAUUGGGUCAUUCGAGAAGAAGAACGGUUUAUUGAAGAAGCUCAUGCAGCUAUUGUCCAAGCUGAUCUAGAAGCAGCUGUUCCCAUUUCUGAACCAAUUACGUGGACUCCAAUACGACAACCAAGGAGAUUGUCAGAACCCAAUAGAUAGGGAUAUGCUAACCUAUUUCUCAGCAGCGAUAGAUUAGCAUGACUUGUCAGAACAUUGCAUGUGUUAUUCUGCCCGUGUGACUUCAUGUUCUCCGAAACAGUACCAACUAAUCAUUAACAACCGAGUGAACCAUCAGCUAUGCACUGGAAUUGAUAAGUUCUUUCUACUACCAUAUUCGUCAGAUCAUGCAUACAAAACGAAAAAAAAAAUCGGUUGAGAAAA